CGGUACAGUGCAACACCUAUUGCGCGCAGCGAUUAUUAAUUAUUAUAAACGUGUCGAUAUUUCAUUACUUGGCAAUUCAUAAUUAGAAUUCGCAAUGGCGCCUUCAGUGACUGAGUAUUACACCGGAAAACGUGUGCUGAUCACGGGCGGGACGGGUUACGUCGGAAAGGCUCUGGUCGAGAAACUGCUGAGGAGUUGUCCUGACGUAGACACCAUAUAUCUACUGUUAAGGAGCAAAAAAGGACUCAGCAGCGAAGAGAGACUUAAGGAUCUUUGCAAUAAUAAGCUGUUCGACGUAGUGCGCAGCCAGAACCCAGGUGUGUUUAGGAAGCUAAAACUGAUAGCUGGCGAUAUCUUGGAUGAUGGCUUAGGUAUUUCCAAUGAUGACAGAGCUGAGCUGCAGAAGAACUGCAAUGUCAUCUUUCAUAGUGCAGCCUGUGUGAGAUUCGACCAGAAGUUAAAAGAUGCUGUGAACCUGAAUACUGUGGGGACAUUACGUGUACUGCAGUUGGCAGAGACAAUGAACAAUUUGGAGGCAGUGCUCCACCUAUCGACAGCUUACUGUCGCUGCGAACUCGACGAGCUGGAGGAACGCAUGUACCCAGCUGUCCACAACCCGCGGAAGAUCAUGGAUAUAUGCAAAUGGAUGGACAACAGCCUGCUUGAAUACUUGGAGCCAAAGUUAAUAGAAUCGGAGCCUAACACAUACUCUUAUACGAAGGCAAUCACAGAAACAUUGGUUGAAGAGUUUGCGUGCAAGUUUCCAUUGGCCAUCGCCAGACCGUCGAUAAUAAUCGCAGCAUGGAAGGAUCCUUUUCCCGGCUGGGUGGACAACUUGAAUGGACCAACGGGUCUACUCAUAGGAAGCGGGAAAGGUGUCAUCAGGACCAUGCUCUGUACGCCGCAUUACACCGCGGACGCUGUGCCCAUAGACGUGGUUGUCAACGGCUGCAUACUGAUCGCUUAUGCUACUGCUUUGGAUAGACCCCGGACUAUCAGCGUGUAUAAUAUCACGCUGUCACAAGUAAUCAGCAUAUCAUGGGAAAAGAUUAUCGAAUUAGGAAGGAAAUGGGUCCUAGUUUACCCUCACACUAUGGCUCUGUGGUAUCCCGGCGGCAACAUCAAGACUUACGCGUGGACCAACAGGCUGGCAGUCUUCUUCUCACACCAGAUCCCAGCUUAUUUGGUGGACAGCAUUCUGUUCCUAAUGGGGAAGAAGACUUUCUUGGUCAACGUUCAAAAACGAGUCAGCCACGGUCUAAGCGUUCUUCAAUACUACACCACUAAAGAGUGGUGCUUCAAGAACGACAACUUCCUAAACCUUCAGAAGAGGAUCAGUGUGAAGGAUAACGACACAUUCUUCACUGAUCUGAAGCCUGUAGACACAGAUGAGUACAUGAAGAACUAUGUGUUGGGCGCGAGACAGUUCUGCUGCAAAGAAGACCCGUCCACAUUGCCGAGGGCUAGAAAACUUAAUAAAAUACGAUACGUCGUGGACGUAGUAUUCAAAGUGAUGUUCUACGUUCUGCUGUUAUGGCUGCUAUACUCCAAUCGCCAAGUCUUCACGUCUUCUAUAGAAUUCUUGGAUUCCACACUCAAAAGCUUAGCGCCCAUCAAGAAUGUUAGAGCAGAUUCUGAUGAUGAAGUAUACGAAAUGCAGAUGUAAAAUUUUAAUAUAGAAUUUAAUUUUGGGACUUUGAUGCGAGAACUUGAUCUUGUAUAAUUUUAGCCGCCCAAUGACGAUGGUUGAAUUGUAAAUUACUGUUAGAGUCUGUGCGGAAAGAGAAUGAGCGUGGCGAAAAACGGAACCAACAUUAAGAUUUUUAUUUGGCAAUCAAA